CAAUAAGCAGGAAACAAACUGUUUCUAUUAAUAUGACAGUGCAUGGGAGUUAUUGGCCGAAAGCUGUUCAUGAGAAGAGUCUAAAUUCUGUGAAAAGUAAGUACGAAGAAGAAGUAAGAAGAGCCUUUCAAAAAAGGGCAGAUGUUUUGUGCUGUGGGGUGAGUUGAUGCAACUGUUCUCAAACUUCACAAUUAUGGAUGGAGUUGUCUCACCCUCAGAAUCAGCAAUGUCUGGAUUCCACUACACGUGUGAGCUGUUGAUUGUCCAUUCUUGCGAAGCUCAGGAAUGGGCUACAUAUCUGCAGAAGAUCUUGAAGUCGUCACACAAGUUUCCCAAAAGCUCUAUCGUAUUGUAUGCAGUUGACAGUGCUGACCAGCUACAUGGAUGCGAACUGAACAUUUUCUAUAAUAGUAAAUGCAUCGUGUUGCUGCUGACAACAGCAAUCCUGGACAUUCUAAAUGACCCUGAAGUCCUGGGAACUUUUCAGAGACUCCUUCAUCCUCCACACAGAGUGGUGGCGCUGUUGUGUGGGAUGUCGGACGAUGACGUACCCACUGAAUGGUUUGAAAACUGGCCGAGCUGGAGAAAACUGUAUGCUGAAGACGAACCUGCUCUUUACAUCUUCACCAUUCUAGAGUCCAUCGCUGACUGUAAUACAGAAGAGGCUGAACAUGAGGCGGAAGCUACAGCAAAAACAGAAGCAAAAACAGAGUGCGAAAUCCCUGUGGUUAUGAACCCCAAAGCUGAGGGUUCAGUGACAGAACCAGAGUGUGUCCAGGACGACAAUGACGAUGUGAGAACAGACAUCCACCCAAACCAGGAAAUGAGCCCCACACAACCCACCUGCCUCACUGUUCAACCAAACAGAGUUUUAUGCGGGGACCACGCAACUAUUUUUAUAAUCUUUUCUAAUAAACUGGACAACCAGUUGAAAAUGGAGGUGGUGUUUGCCUCUGAAGAUUCAACUGCAAAACGGGUUCUAGGGAUUUUGGAGAAUGAAUACACUAUCAGUAUUAAUGCGCCUGAUAUGCCAGCAGGAGAGGUGUCACUCACUCUGUAUAGCAACGACUCACCAGUCUGUUUGAGGCCUGUAACAUACUACACAGCCAUCGGAGAAAUCAGCCGUUAUCUUCAACAUGCAGCUGCUCCCCUGAACUUUAUGUGUCAGGCAUUCAAUUUAACAUCCAAUACCACAGAGUCACUUGACAAUUUGCUGACAGACUCAUUACAAUGCAGGAUCCCUGCAAGUGGACUUCAUGUGUUUGGAAUCAGACAGCUAGAGGAAGACAAUAUGGCUGCAUAUCAGCGAAAGGAGGAGCUUCCCACUCUGCUUCAUUUUGCAGCAAAGUACGGGCUGAAGAAGCUGACAACAGUCCUGCUACAGUGUCCAGGUGCCUUACAGGCCUACAGUGUGAUGAAUAAGAAUGGAGAUUACCCAAAUACACUGGCAGAGAGGAGUGGCUUCUCUGAACUGAGACAGUUCAUAGAUUACUUUGUGGAGACAGCUGGCACGGCGGACGAAGAUGAGGAGGUGUACGAGUCCAACUCUUCUCAAGACAUCGUGAACGACUCCCUAAACCCUGGGUGUCAAGAAGACAUCUACGAGACCAUGUCCAACUCUUCUCAAGACAUCGUGAACGACUCCCUAAACCCUGGGUGUCAAGAAGACAUCUACGAGACCAUGUCCAACUCUUCUCAAGACAUCGUGAACGACUCCCUAAACCCUGGGUGUCAAGAAGACAUCUAUGAGACCAUGACCGAGUUAAACCAUGACUCCGGGGAAGACCUAUAUGAGGAAAUGGAGAAGGCAUUAGGAGAGUCUCAUAACCCGGAGGAAGUCAUACUUGGGGAGGAUACAACUGAUGAAGAGGUGGGAGACCAGGUGGAAGAACCAGAGGGGUUUGAGGACGAAGAACUUUACAACAUGUGUGUUUCUGAUCAAAUCUAUGACACGUUGGACGAGAGUGCAAGCUAUCUCCCGGAAAUUGUCAACCGUCCACCAGCCCCCAUUCCGAGACCUGUAACAUUCUCAGAGCCUGAGGAGUCCAAGACGUACAUUUCAAGAGUGUUUUCAGCAAAAGAAGAAUCAAGUCCACAGACGGACCUCAGAGAAACAGAGUCGUUCACUGUGAGGCCUGUGAGAGAUGGAGCCUCCACAUCCUCUUCCCACGACCCCUAUGCUGAGGUGAAGACCCAAGGCCAGAGGCAGCUCAUAACCUUGCAGGAGAAGGUGAAGGUGGGGGUCCUGAGUGUGGAUGAUGCUGUCAAGGAAUUCAAGGCCUGGCAGUUUGAUGAGGAUAGGAGAUCUCAGUCUCUGCGUAAUCAACAGGAGAAUUUGAAGAGAUUACGAGGCAGCAUUACCAGACGCCACAAAGAGAGGGAGAAGAUUGGGAAGGAGAUCGGUCUGGAGAUAACCGCCCCACUACAGAGGAACCUUCCCUGGGGCGCCAACAUGGCUGUGGAGUGUUCUGUGUACGAGCCCACCCCACGGGUCAUUGCCCAACCCCCUCCUGUGACCCGGUCAAGCCAGAGAGACACCUGGAAGACUGGCAGUACCUCCAGCACAUCCAGUAAUGGCAGUAACAGACUCAGCACACAUAGUACGAUUAGCUACAGCAGCGGAACUGAGCCUGACUUUGAGGACACAGCAGACUUCCUCCCUCUACCCCCACUACCUCUACCCCCACUACCUCUACCCCCACUACCUCUACCCCCACUACCUCUACCCCCACGGCCCGCUGAGGCCGCACCUCUACCUCCUCCCCCCAGAAUCCCACCACGACUCCCAGACAGGGCUGUUGAGAGUUUGCUGGAGGAGCGUUACGUGUCAUACCCCUCUCGAGCUCCCCCUCAGAGACCACCUCAGAGGAACAACUCUCCCCCUCUCAUACCCCGGAGAACACGAUGACACACAGUUCUGCUGUUCUAGCGUUUCAAAUGACUGCCCUCUAAAAUAUCUGUCAGGAACAAAUCAGGCAGUGUUACUUACAGUAUUCAUACCCCUUGACUUGUUCCACAUGUUGUUCCAGCCUGAAUUCAUUUUUUUUAACCAUCUACAUACAAUACCCCAUAAUGACAAAGUGAAAACAUGUUUUUCGAAAUGUUUGAAAAU